AUGAUUGAUCUUGCUAUCAAGAACCAAAUCCAUCUUCUCUGCCUCCCUCCGCACACCACUCACCGCUUACAGCCUCUUGAUGUUGGCAUUUUUGGCCCAAUGCAGAAGGCCUGGUAUUGGCAUGCAGAGCUGUACACAGCCAAAUAUGGGACAUCCAUCGCUCAGCAACAUGUUGUGAAAGAGUACUGGGAGGAUUAUAAGAGUGCUUUCAUCACUAACACAGUUUUGCAGGCCUGGUGCAAAUGUGGCAUCUACCUCUUCAAUCUGAAUGCCUUCACAGCCACCAACUAUGCGCCAAGCGUCUCAAUGUUGGCUGUCAACCAUGCCCCUACUUUGUACCCGGACAAUUGA